UGUGUUGGAGAUGGAUCCUACAUCUGUGUCAGAGAGGGAGAAUGUGACACUAACGUGUAGAAUCACAUGUACACUGGACCCCAUCACAGCCUACAGUUGGUAUAAGAAUGGACAGCCGAUACCAAACAGCAACACCUACUCUCCUGUCUAUAGCCUAUUCUCAGUCAGCAGUGAGGAUACAGGCAGAUACUCCUGUGCAGUAGAAGGCCAUGAGGAUCUCCCCUCUGCUGAAGAGACUCUCACUGUCAGAUAUGGCCCAAAGAACACCUCAGUGUCAGUCAGUCCCUCUGGUGAAAUAGUGGAGGGCAGUUCAGUGACUCUGACCUGCAGCAGUGAUGACAACCCACCUGUGGACAAAUACACCUGGUACAAGAAGAACGUAAACUCACCAAAAGCAUCAGGACAGAGUUACAGCAUCACUAACAUCAAGUCUGAGGACAGUGGAGAAUACUACUGUGAGGCUGAGAAUAAAUAUGGACGUCUCAACUCUUCUUCUGUGCAUGUAGAUGUUCAUUGUAAGUUCACCUAUCCUUCAUUUUGA